CUUUGGAAAAGAAUGUGACGGUUCACAAUCAAAGUCAAGGCUCCGUUGUCCCGACUUUCUGGGCCACAAUUGUUACUUGGUUCUACUUCGUCUUCAAUGACCGUUCCGCGACAUGGUUCUAGUAGCAGCAAUGGUAUAUCCCCAAAGAAGUUCGGCACUGAGCUGACAAGUAGCCCAUUUUCCGCCUACACCAACCCCAACGCGCCAAUCAUCACUGUUGUCAAGAAUUCAGGAGUGUUCUUGGAUAGCGAAUACGACAAUGCGAUACCAGGUUCUCUGGCAAUGCCUAUGGAAUUCAUUAUAGACGGUGAAGUACUAGACGUACCAGAAAAUACAUCCGAGGAAGAACCGAAAGACGCCCCCCAGCUAAAGGCUCUGGACCCCCGAGAAUAUCAGUUAGAAUUAUUAGAGAAAGCCAAGAAGGAGAACAUUAUCGCUGUUCUUGAUACAGGCAGCGGAAAGACGCUCAUUGCUGUCAUGCUUAUCAAGGAAAUGGAGGUUACUGAAAAAAUCGAGCGAGAAACUCGGAAAAAGACCAAAUUCACCGUUUUCUUAGUCAGUCGUGUUCCUCUUGUCUUUCAACAAAAGGAAGUAAUAGCCAUUAACAGCGACCUUCGUGUAAACUACUUGUGCGGCGAAUUAGUAUGGGAUCAAUGGAACAAAAAGAUGUGGGACAACAUGAUCAACGAAGACGAUGUUUGCGUUAUGACUGCACAGAUUUUCCUUGAUGCUCUGCGGCAUGGCUUUAUUCAUAUGGACAGGAUCAACUUGAUGGUCUUCGAUGAAUGCCAUCAUGCUACCAAGAGUCAUACCUUCAACUUGAUAAUGCGAGAAUUUUAUCAUCGUUGUCCUCAACAAGAUCGCCCCAAAAUAUUUGGUAUGACUGCUUCACCAAUGAACUCUCGUGGCCGUGCGGAGGAAAGUCUAUAUACACUUGAGAAAAAUCUUGAUGCAAAGAUCUUCACUUCACAGAAUCUGACUUCUCUACAAGCUUUUGUAUAUAAACCAACGGAAAUCAUUGUGGAAUAUACUCCCUAUAGUGUUUACGAAAGCAAAGGGUUAUACAAGCUUCUUCUCGAACGAUUCUACGAUCAACCAUCCCUCAAAAACCUAAUUACAGCUGCAAGAUGGACGUAUCAUCAAUUGGGAUCCUGGUGUUGCGAUGCAUUAUGUCAAAAAUGGUUCGAUACAUUCAGCACAGGCGCAAGUGAUGAUGACAUGAAUAAUUCGGAAGAUGAACUUCUUCAGCUUAAUGUCGACAACUGGGUUGCAGCGAAAGAAGCAUGCCAAAGCUACUCCAUACCUCAACCUAAUCUGGAAGACCCAUCAAUGUUCAGCAAUAAGAUACAGCGCUUAAUACAGAUUCUCAAGAUAUUUAGCUCGAGUAAAGUGCCAUUAUGUGGCAUCAUCUUUGUUGAGCGGCGUUACACGGCCUAUGUUUUGAUGUGGCUCAUACGUUCCUGUGCCGAACUUUCGAAUAUAAAGUCUGCUGUGCUCGCAGGCCACCAAGCCAAUGGGGUUAGUGAAGCCAAAAUGGGUUACAAGAAUCAGAACAGAGUUAUAUCCAAAUUUCGAAAUGGCGAGGUCAAUCUACUCAUAGCCACCAAUGUCGCAGAAGAAGGAUUGGAUAUACAACCCUGCAAUCUGGUAUUGAGGUUUGACACCUUUCAUACUUUGAUAUCGUAUGUUCAAUCCAGAGGUAGAGCUCGUCACAAAGAUUCAAAAUACAUCAUACUCAUGGAGAAAGGGGACGUUGCAGCGGAGAGGCUACUGUAUGAACUUCGACAGUCAGAGAACGUUGUACGCGAUUGGUGCAACGCACUACCUGCAGACAGGAAAGCGUCGGUCAAUGCCAUGGAUGACGAUCCAUUCGAUUUAUAUUGUGGAGAUGAAGACGACGAGUACGACGACGAUGUUGAUGACUUCUUUUUGGUACCAUCUACCCAAGCUGCCAUUACACUGAAUUCAGCCGUGCCCUUAAUACAUCACUAUUGCUCAACGCUUCCGAAGGACGAAUACUGUGAUUUGAAACCCGAAUUCAGUUGUGUAAAGGAACUCGAUACCUUCAUCUGUACCUUGAAAUUACCAAGUAAUGCGGUUGUGCAAGAAACCUUCACAGAAGCUGCCAGGUCAAAAACUCUAGCCAAGAAGCUGGUAGCAAUGAAGGCGGCAAUUGCAUUAUAUCACGCCAAGGGACUCAGCGAUCAUCUCAUGCCAAUAGUUGUCAAACCUGAAAUGCUAGGCGAUAUGGCUCCUCAAAUGGAUAGGAAGGGUAAUAUCAUUGGAAGUCGAAAACGGCGCAAGGUCUACAAAAAGAAGACAUGGUUAUCCAUGGAUGACACCGGCGUUCCUAUUGCUAUAAGAGCGAAUGAAACGCACAGUAGUGGUGACAAUAAUGCUGCUGAAGCGCUAGGACAGCUCACUCCAGGAGAGCAGAAUAUUUCAAUCUUAGCGGAUGCAAUGGAAAAUGAUGAUACCGAUGCCAAUUUGGUAGCGGAAGAGCGAUCUCAAGAUCCAUCAGACGAGAUGAUGGACGUGGACGAUACGAAUCAUGACCACCUCACCUUAUACUUGACCCACAUAAAGCACAAUCUGAACGAUGACUUGGAUGCUGGCAUUCAGUAUCGAGAUAUAUGCCUAUUAACCUACAAAGAGUUUCCUGUGAUACCUGCGUUUCAUCUGUAUCUACAGAACAAGACUACUGAAACUAUAGUACGCACUGUUUCAAUCGGUCAAGGCUAUACCUUCGAUCUUGAGGAAGCGGACAUGCUACGAAAAUACACGAUACAAAUAUUCUCAGCAAUAUCCAACAAAAGCUAUGAAUGUGACCUGGAGGAUAUGCCUUACUUUUUAGUGCCUUUGAAAUUUGAUAUCCAUGACGAAAUUGACAGAGAUUCAUUUGACUGGACCGAGAUUGGUCGUGUCGUCGAAAACCUGACUCCCAAAUUGGAUAUUGAAAAUCUCGACCAAUAUACCGAUCGCGUUGUCGUAGAUCAUUCCGACAGUUUGAGGCGAUAUAUCUUUCAUCAAGCCCGCCGGGAUAUGACGCCAGCAUCAGAGAUUCCGUCAGGAUACCAUGGACGUGAAGACGGCUACAAGAAUUUCGCGGACUACUACGAACAAGUUCUUUCGCGUACUCCUGGAAACAUGGAUCAGCCUAUGAUGGAGGUCCGAAGAUUCACCAAAGUCCUCAAUUAUCUAUCACCUAUAGCCAAUGUUGAGGCAAAAGCACCGAAACGUUCUGCUCAGUAUCUUAUACCCGAAUUCUGUGAAUUAUACCCCAUCAGCACAAGCAUGUACAGAACAGCCAUGUUGAUGCCUUCUAUCAUGAUGCAUAUAGAUGCUGUACUCCUAGUGAAGGAAGUCAACGAGAAGUUGGAAACGAACAUUGAUGAUACACUGCUGCUGGAAGCAUUCACCACGCCUUCUGCUAAUAUGGAUACAAAUUACGAACGAUUGGAAACGCUUGGUGAUUCGUUCCUAAAAUUCGUGGCAACCAUUCGACUUUAUAUUAUGUUCCCACACAGCCACGAAGGCCAGCUUCAUUGCCAACGUAUUCGUAUCAUCUGCAAUAAAGCCCUUUACCGAGGGGCUCGUCGUCUACAGCUCUACAAGCAUAUCAGCAGUCAACCUUUGAAUCGAAGACGAUGGCGACCUCCUCACUUUAAGCUGAGUACUGAUAAUGAAGAAGAUCUACGGAUGAAGCUACGACGUCACUCAUUAUCAGACAAAACGUUGGCUGAUAUUGUCGAAGCUACCAUGGGUGCUGCUUAUUUGGCUGGUGGCGUGGAGCUGGGAUUGAAGGCUGCCAUUGCCUUGCAAAUCCCGUUCGACCAUAUAACAGAGUGGAAGCAUUUCAACGAAACAUAUACUGAGUCUCGCGCUCAACUCAAAGCCCGCGUCAAGGAGACAUCAAAAAGACAUCUCAAGCUGGACCAUCUUGAAGAAAUAACAGGAUAUCGAUUCCGGAACCCACUCCUGGUCGUAGAAGCAUUAACCCAUGCCAGUGCGCCUAAUUCCACCGUCCCGUGUUACCAGCGCUUGGAAUUUCUGGGAGACGGUAUUCUGGAUUUCUUAGUUGUAAACUACCUCUUUCGCAAGUAUCCAGAUUAUGAGCCAGGGAGGAUGACAGACAUUAAGGAUGGAUGUGUCAACAAUCGUGUGCUUGGAACCAUGUGUCUAGAAAUAGGCUUGAACAAGCAUAUCAUUCAUUUCUCCAGCAAACUUAUGGGAGCUAUUACUCAAUUCGCGCGGGAAGUUGAGCUGAUCAAGGAUAGCGGCGAAGAUGUAGGAGAAUACUGGUCAGACCUUGAUGUACCCAAGGUUUUAUCGGAUGUAGUAGAGAGUGUUCUAGGCGCCAUUUUUGUGGACUCGGGCUUUGAUUUUGAUACUGUGCAGAAAUCGUUCAACUUCUUUAUGCUUCCGUUUUUCGACAAAUACGUUCAGCCCGACAUUCUCAAAGUACAUCCUUUGAAGACACUAACUACAGGACUACAAAAAAUCCACUGUGAUGGUCUGCUUCUACGGUAAGAACAACCGCUAUUUUCUCUUGCAUUUUUUGAAGCAGAAUUUUUUUUUUUUUCAUCACAUCUAAAUUGCUAUAAAUGGCGACUUAUGCCGCUCUUGUCUUGAACAGAAACCAUAGCACGAAAGGAGAGGACAGUAACAGCCAAAAAUGCAUCAUAUUUUUACAUAACAAACCUAUCGCCUCAGCAUCCAGCCAUAAUAUUCGAGAAGCUCGAAAGCAAGCAGCGGUCAAUGCAAUCGCCUUUCUGGAAUCCAACCUCCACGUUAUUUCAGAACUUUGUGACUGUGGUAUCAGUGAGCUGCAAAGCGAUAAGGAAGCGGAUACUGAUGCAGAGGAAGAAUUGUAAUGUAGCUUAACUCAAUGAUUCAUCUGUUAAGAGCACCCUAAGGAAGUGUAUUCCAGUGGCUUGCGUAUUCUUGAAUUAAAGUAUUCUUCUCAUCGUUCAUUAC